UUUCUACCAAAUUCACUGUCAUUUCACUACUAGAAAAAUUGUCAUAUGUGUGUGAGUGAACUUUACUACUAGAAAAAAAGUACGAGAACUCGAAAAAUGAGGUUAUGUUACCGAAAACAAAAACAAUGGAGGAGUUUCUCAAACUAAAUUGGUCAAAGAAGUAUCCCAAACAUCUGAGAUAUGGAAAAGAUGUUUAUUCCUGUGGAUUUUCUGAUGAUGAAGAAGACGUGUAUGUUUGCCAUUUGAAUGAAAUUAAUCCAGAAUUCUACGGGAGGACGCAUAAACCUCAGCAGCACGCUGAGAAACAGGAAAUAAGGACAACCGACAGCCUGACAAAUUCCCAAAAUGCACGAGAUGAGGGAGGAUUGCACCUGUUUCGAAAGUUCCCAAAUCGUUCAAAAAUCCCGCGAAAUAUUCAUAUGAGCUGCUUACGAUACCUCAGAAAGAUUGAAGAUCUUCACGGUGAUGGUGAUCUUUCCCCGGAGCUGAAUAGUGAUGGAAAAAAUUACCUUUCCAGCGAAGCUAUGAGGAAGGCAGAGAAACAGGAGUUUUGUGAAUUUGUUAAGAAUUACUUCAUGACCUACCUUAGCCAUCGAUUUCUCAAAAUCGACGUGGGAAUGGAGGAUAUUUUAAUUGAGCAAUGGAAGAAAAGUAUUCAGGACGUAAAGAAGAGGAAAGAUCAAAAUUAUCAGCUACAGACUGCAUUAGGCUUGGAUUAUCGCCUUCCCGGAGAUGAAGAAGUCAGUUUUGUGCAUGAGAAGGAAGUCUACCGUACAGGAAAUGUCUCAAAAAUAAAUUGUAGCUUCUCUAGCACGGAAAUGCUGUCUUUGGAACAAAACUCUGAGCAAUUGAGAGCCUAUCUGGGCGACAACGGUGACAAAAAUUCCAGAAGGAAAGACGAAACAACGAGGAUUGUCAGAGAUCUUGCUGAAGAGAAUUCAAUCGACUUUAUAUUGCCACUUGAAGCUAUUGAGAUGAUGGUGAAUGGGAUGAAAAUAUCUUGGAAUGUCCCUUUUAGAAUUGAAGACACUGGAAAGAGAACUUUGGGGAUUAUUGACAAACCUCUUCCACCUUUGAGCAUUAACACAAAACAGAGAAAUGCAGAAAUCUUUAAAUAUUGCCUCGAAAUGAAAAUUCUGGAUCCUCAAACAGUGUCUAGUUUAGAGAAACUUGAAAAGUAUCCCAUUUAUUCAGAUAGCGAGGAUGAGAUGCAAUUGGUUAUUGAUGAAUCUCAAACUGAUACAAAUGCAGAAGUUACUCAAGAUGCCAAAAAACUGCCUUCUCACACAGCAGCGCCUGAAAAGACAUGGCAACGUGCAAGAAAUAAUUCCUUUCACAAAUGCAUUCUUCGCUCUGACGAUGACCAAUGCUCAAUCCUCGUGGAUACAUAUCAAGAUGGAGCAGAUUCAAUGGAUAAUGUGAUCAAUUUGUCCAUUAAAAUUGAGCAUCAGACCGAGUUUGGAGCUGAAGAAAUGACCCACGAGGAGCUAAUUCACGAAUGGUGCUUGCAAAUGUUUAAUCCUCAAAGUAAAACUCUCAGGAUUCGCAUUGAUUCGCAAACACUGCAAAUUCUCUCUGUAAAGGAAGUCUCUUUGAAGAGAAUUGAGAGAGAUUUGGAGAGACUACACAAGAUCUCAACACAGGAAUUACUUCAGAAACUCUGGGGUCUUCUCAGUAUGAUGAAGAACUUUCCCACGCAGAACUACCUGAUGCACCAUGAUGUGGUUCAUGACAAGAAGCUCAUGAUUUACGUCAGCAGAGAAUGUGGAAUGCCUGAUAGGAAUUUUCUGCAACUCAGUCAACUCUACGAGGGGAUUGAUUUCAAGCGAAAACCCCUCCUUGAGCAACAUGAAUGGAUCCCAAUUGAUGAUCAGGAAGUUACUCUUUUCCAUGAGCGUGAAAAAGUAAUGCCCUGUGCCUUCCCGCAUUGGGGAAAACAACCCGGAAGUGCUGGUAUGUGGAAUGAGAAGAAAGCAUUGAAAGCCAAAUUCGAAGCACGUCUAAAGAAGAAAAUAGAAAUGCAGCAAGCAAUAGAAAAACGGAAGAAAAGUGAGAAGAAUCGAAAGAAAAAGGAAAAACGACGGCAGACUCAGAUGUUGAAGAAGCACCAAAAAGCUACAGAAAAGACGGAAAAAUUUGGGAAAAUGCUUGCAAAGUCCGGAGAUACAACAGCUCCAGAGUGGUUCUUUGACGAGGAUGGUCGAGUGAGGCUUCACACAAGUCCUGGUACAAGCCAAGAGACUUUUCCUACGCAGUGAAGUCCUGUUUCUGUUAAGUAGAACAAGAAGUGUUCUUGAGGAUUCUUAUAUUAAGUAUUUUAUCUAAAAAUUUUAAGUAUUUGUCCCGGAAUGCCUUUAAUGAAAAACCCAAUGGAAUACAGGUGGAAAAAUCACCUGUGUGGGAAUCAUUCUAAAAAACCGAGUUUUUAUCUUCCAAAGAGACUUUUUGAACAAUUUUAUUUUAAUAAAAAUUUGUCCAACUUUCCAAGAAUAAUAAAUAUUCUCGGAAAAACAAGUUUA